CGAGAGUAUACGCGGUGCAUUGUGGGGCGCAUGCGGGUAGUUCGUGAUGACCUUUGUGUAAGGACGACUGAUUUAAAGAAGCCACGGCCUCGAGCCUGCCUCGGCCCGCCAGCUAUGGAUCCUGAUGACCUGGAAGAGCUGGCAGUGGAGCUGCAAGGGAAGACUGUUGGUGGCUGGGGCCUUGUGCAGCUUGCAGCUGGUACAGGUUUUGCUGCCUAUGUUAUGUGGGCAGGAAUUCUCAUGCCUGGCUUCCGCAGAGUGCCUUUAAAGUUACAGGUGCCAUAUGUACCAUCAAGUGCCAAGCAAGUUGAGAAUGUGAUGUCGCUGCUGAAAGGACGCUCUGGGAAGAUGGUGGAUUUAGGGUCAGGAGAUGGCAGAAUUGUAUUAGAAGCAUAUAAACGAGGCUUCAGACCAGCUGUUGGCUACGAACUCAACCCCUGGCUGUUGAGACUCUCCAACUAUCGCGCCUGGAGGGCUGGGUGUUACGGGAAGGUUUUCUACCAUCGGCAAGAUCUAUGGAAGGUAAACGUGUCUGACUGCAACAACGUCUCUGUGUUCCUAGCUCCCAGUGUGCUACCUCUCCUAGAGACAAAGCUGCUUGCGGAACUGCCAGACGAGGCCCGUGUGGUGGCUGGACGCUUCCCCUUUCCUACCUGGAUGCCAACCACCAAUGUUGGAGAGGGUAUAAACAGAAGCUGGGCCUAUGAUAUCAAGACUGUACGGCAAACAAAGAACAAAUUUGAGGGAAGCCCAGAAUGAGUUGAGAGCUCAGCUGCAGCUGGGGUUUACAGCCUGGACAAUAGCAUUGGAGCCUCUGCAAAUGUGUGUGCUUUUUUAGCCCCUCAGAACUGCUCUGGAGGGCAAAUGCUGCCAUAGUGUGGCUGUUCAGCUGAACAGCUCAGCAAGCAUGGGGGUUGGGGGGGUGUUGCAAUGAGAAGGGAGGGGUGAUGAUUUGCCAGACUUUACCCCAUGUGCUCUGGCUUCCCUAGAACCAGAAUCCUGGGCAGCCUUUGAGCUGUGGAAUUGGGCUGGAAAUCCCCAAAGAAUUGUCACAAGACUGAAGAGCUGAAUCUUUGAUUCUCGUUUGAAAUAACUCAUUUCUCUUCUUAAUUUAUUUGCAAUUCAUUUUCUAACAAUAAAAGGGCUACGGGACUCUGCUCAUUCUUCUGGCAGGGCUGGGGUGCUGCUUGCCCCUCACUGUAGACAAAGCCAUUCUGGACUGUGUUCAGAAUUCCCUGGGGGGAAGGCUCAAUAAUGCAGCUUCUCCAGGUCUCUCCUUUUCUCCCUGCUAAUCAAUUCCCUGUAGGUCCUCCUCACAUAAUCCCCACGCAGCAGGCCCUUCUCCAUGGAACAACUCACCAUGAGUGCAGAGCAGUAAAGUCUCUUCAGUACCCUGUGCAUAAGAGCAACUGAGCUCAAAUCCUAACCUGAACCCUACUUUAACUCCUCUCUAGCUCAGACAGGGGUCAGGUGGUGGGAGUUAGCACCGGUGAAGCACAGCACUUUGCAGCUGUUACAAUGCUAAAGGCAACGGUCUAGCAGAAGGUGAAGGGAACCUGUUAAUUCAGGUGCAUAGUAAACUGAGUCCACCAGCUCUGCAGUAGACUAAGUUUGGGUGAUGGUUCAACCCACUCUGGUGCUGCACUACCCUGAGGUAUCAGCAAUGGCGCUCUGCGGCUACUGAGCACUUCUGCAAUAAAAGGGAAAUCUUUAUGGCCUGCUGGAGGGAGGGAAACUUGACAAAACAAGAUAAAGUGGGAACAAAGCACUGAGUUUUGAUCUUGAUUUUUAGUAAAUUUAUUUACCUCUGUACAGUCAAAUGUAUACUGCUGAUUUCCUUCUCAGCAAGUCCUAGUCCUCUAGUAAGAGGGCCCUAAUGUGAAGAGCACUUGCUGGAGUGGAUUAUCUCUUGGUGUGCCAGAGCACUGAAUACUACAGCCUGGCAGCAACUCAGUUUUAUGUCCUUGUCUUUCCUAUGAUUGUCAGGGCCAUGGCAAAAGCUACAGUUCAGGGCUGAUGGUCCUUUUGGAUCUCUGCAUUAAGUGAGCAUCAGAAGCCCCAGCACUGAAUGCUCUGGGUGCCUCGCUCCCUACAAGUUUCCUUAACCUCAGGAUCUCCUGCUUGUACCUGCAAGAAACACAGGUUACAAAGAAAAGCAAUAUCAACCUUGCAUCAGCUGUGGUCAUAAGAACUCUGCUGAGGACUGAGAUUGUAAAGCCAAUGUGAGGCUGAAGCCAAGUUCCCAAACGCUAUCCAGACGGGAAAACUACAGCUAAGGGCAGUGCUACAUUUGUCCCAACACUUCAUGUGAACUGAUACCUAGGAACUCAGCCAAGGGAUUCCAUCAGCAACAAGCCUGGGAGUUACACCAGGCAUGAUUUUGGUCCUCUGUUUUUAAGAGCAAUUAGUUGCAGUUGUACAAGCUAAGUGUAAUAGCACCUCCUGGUGGUGGAAGCACUAGCAGCUUCUCUCCCUUGCUGUGGCUGUGAUGAACCAGUUGGAGACAGUGGACAUGUUAAAUGAGUUAGAGUGGAAAGGCUUUGAAUUCUAGACAGUCUUCCCCACUCACCCCCUCCUUAGCCUCCUACACAGCUUUCAUCAUCUGCAGUAUGGGCUGCAGCCCAGAGGAAGGAAAUAUUAUGUCCCUAGAAAGAACAGAUGCAAACUCCCUUGAUCAUGCUGAGCUACUGAUAAUGCCAGCUGCUCACACAGCUGGAUUCACUUUCAAACAUUAGCUGGGCUGCACUGUGGGAAGGCAGCAGUUAGGUCAGGUGUCUACACUGGAGCAGUUAUCACAGUAUUCAUCAGCCCUGGAAGUAAGCCUUUUGCAUGGGGCACAGGACAGAUGAAGGGAUCCCCAUCUCACCUUGCAAGAUGCUUAUCUACAUAUUCCUGCAGCUCCAGCACCUGCUCUUCUGCCACAAUUGCCUGAGUCAGCAGCUGGCUUCUCUCCCUCUCCAGAUCCUCCUGGGGGCAGAAAUAGCAAGGAGAGAACAAGAAGUGAUAAGGGAGUGCUUUGUGGGAAGCACUGGACUGGUGCUGACUCUUCCCUCUGAAGUGGUCAUCAAAUCAGAGGCUACUGAAUUUCUCAUGCACGCAUCCUCCAGCCCUGAGAUUUCUGGGCAUUAAGCUAAAUAAGCUGCCCGGUUAACUGAAAAUCAGAACAACAUUCAGACACAUGAGCCUCCCAAAAAGCCAAACCACAGGUGUUCAGUGCCCUGAAAACAAUGACAUCCUACCAGUGCAGCCAGCUUGGAGACACUGUCAGGUGCAUUGAGAUGGGCUGAGAGGGGAGGUGCUGUUUAAUAUCAAAGCCUCCUGUUACACGAUCAGCAGGAAAGAGUGUUAAAUCCAGGCCUAAAACACCCCCAGUUAUCCCCAGACAACCACCUCACAACCUACUCUCUCCACUAGGGCGGUGUGGGGAUUGGUAGUGUGGCUUCCAGAUGUACAGCAUUGGAAUGUAUAUGACCUCCAUCCCCUUCCCUUGCAAGAGUUUUUAAAGAGAUCUUCCCUUUAUAAUAAUAAUCUCUGGCUCUUAUUUAGUGCUUUUCUUCAGUAGAUCUCAAAGUAUUUUACAAAGGAGUAUUAUCCCCAUUUUACAGCUGGGAAAACUGAAGCACAGAGUUGUGCUAUGACUUCCCCGAGGUCACCCAGCAGGCCAGUGGCCAAGCCGGCAUUAUAUCUCCUGAGGUUUUAUUACAGUGCUCUAUCUGCUAGGCCACACUGCUUCCCUCCUUUAGUCCUUGUCUAAAUGAAAUUUAAAAAAAAAAAAACCAACCAUGUGACCACAAAGUGUUAUAUGAUUUCUCCUAACUUGUAUGGACAGAAGAAAUGAUAGGAAAGCAUGUUUUGCUUCGGUGUCUAUAGCUAAUCCAGACUAGGAAAUUGAAGCCCUGCUGCAAAUGCUUCCAGCAGUUGUCCCCCCGCAACCCAGCACUGAAAGUGAUUGAAGUGCUAGAGUACUGCAGGCAACAGUGUUUCAGAAACUGUGCUUGGGGUCUCUGCGACAGCCUUUCCUCCUGAAUGUUUCCCUUCUUUGUAUUCACCAGUGGUAGUAAUAAAGGGAGCGCUAGUGUUUUUAACUACCAUGGCAACCAACCCUGCUCAGGGCAAAUCUAGACAACAUGGUGGUAAAACUGCCACUGGCCACAAGCAGCUUGUCUGCUCUGGAGCUGCCAGUGGUGUUAUCUCCCAGUGGAGCUGCACUGCUGCUGGUGCACAGAUGGGAAAUGUUUUGGAAGAGCUCCAGCAGGUAGCAGCAUGUUAGAUCAAGAAAAGCAUCUGUCCUGGGAAUGAACAUGUAAUGGUAACGGUGGCAGUGACCAUUACAAUUGCAGAAGUGCUUGGUCUAUGCUUAGCCCUCUUUUCAGUCUGCCUCAGAACAGAAAGUAUUUUACCUGCGUGGUAUGUGUGAACUCCUGGAGCUGCUUUCUGAUCUCUGCCCAGCCCACCUCAUCCAGCUUGCUAGGAUAGAGCAGCAGAUGUUAGUUACAAUCAUGUAUACAAAGCCAGACCAUCCCUAAACCAUGGGGCUUGGCAUGGCUGCCAGACUGCUACUGCCUUUUCAGCACCCCAGAAAGCAUAAAUUUCAGAUCAUCUUCCAGCCUGAUUCCCUGCAUGGCUACAGAGCACACCUCUAUUCCUUCACCUGCCUGGGCAAUGAGAGUCACAGGUCCUAUAACCUGGAUCUCUGCUGAGGUGGCUGGAUUUGCCCUUAGUUUACAUCAUCAAAACAGACAUGAGAAGGGACUCAGUGCAGAAAUAAUCAUUAAUCUGACUCACUAGGAUUGAACUUUAAGGGAAAAGAGGUGAGAGGCAGAACAAAUGCCAAACACUAGCACUUAAUUCUUUUUGUGCUUCUGCACAAAUCCACACAUUCUAAAGUGGAGUGUAAAAACGGUGACAGAUGAGCUAAUUAUGAAGAAAUAGGCAGCCAAGCCAUGGGAAAGUUCUUCCUAUUCUGUCCUGGACUGAAUAAGUAAAAUAUAGGUCACAUCUGAUGGCCAGGGGAUUUUGAUUAUAUAGAAAGAAUGGUAUGAAAUGAGAAAUGCAUUGUGUUCAAACUCUAGCCCAUAUAGAAGUUAGAGGCUUAAUUGGGAUUGAAAGAGCUCCCUCUGGUGACUGUGUUAACAACUGAAAAAAAGUGAGCUGUAGCUCAGGAAAGCUUAUGCUCAAAUAAAUUGGUUAAUCUCUA